CCUAAUCCAGGCGGCUGUUUAUUACACCUUCAUUACCACACAGACCGGGGCUCUACUGACAGCCUGCAGGUGCCGCACCGUCACAAACAAGGAGGAAAACAGAAAGAGAACCCUUUUGUAGUGUAGGGACACAAUUCAGUGCUCCUCGUAGGAUAUAUAGGCAGGGAAACGUCACAAUAAUCAACCAAAGGCUGCCAGAGGGUAGAGAGGAGCGCAGAAGGCAAUCCACAUCCAUCUGCCAGCCACUUAGUGCGCGCUAACAUCUCCAGUCCGGAUUUCAGCGCAGCUGUCGAGCUAAUACAACCAGGAAAAUGUCUGCCCCAGCAGCUGGAGCCCCUGCGCCAGAGGGAGGAAGUCAGCAACCUCCCAACCUCACCAGCAACCGCCGUCUGCAACAGACACAGGCACAGGUGGAUGAGGUGGUGGAUAUCAUGCGUGUAAACGUGGACAAGGUUCUGGAGCGUGAUCAGAAGCUGUCAGAGCUGGACGACCGGGCCGAUGCCCUGCAGGCUGGAGCCUCUCAGUUUGAGACUAGCGCUGCAAAACUGAAGAAUAAAUACUGGUGGAAGAAUGCCAAGAUGAUGAUUAUCCUGGGUGUGAUAUGUGUGAUUAUCCUCAUUGUCAUUAUUGUGUACUUCAGCACCUAAGAAGAGUCGCUCCUACCCCAGUCUGAUCCAAGCUUCCUUACUACAGAAGAAGAAAAAAAAAAAAACCUCUAAUUGAUGACAAAAUUAACCACAGAUGAAUUAAUUUAUUGUAUGUACGUAUAUCUCCGCCCCCAGCUAGCCUCAAUAUAACACCCCUAAACCCUUCAGGGCCCCCGUGGCUCUCCACAGCCCCCCUGCUCCUUACUUCCACAGCCUCGCCUCUGGACUCCUGUCGAUAUUUGUUCUGUGAGUGUGUGAGCCUGUCUUCUUUCUGAGUACUCUUGGCUUUUCUAACCCUGCCAUACUGGGAACCAAACCCCUUCCCUCUACCUUUGCCCCCCCGUGACGGUGCAACAACAGAAACCGGUACAACAAUUGGCGAUAAUUGUUACAUAGCUGAUAUAUAGAGUUCUUUGUAGAGUUUUAUUCUGAUAUAUAUCUGAUAUACUGUUUUGUAGGUGUGUAUGCGUGCGUGUGUGCAUUUUGUACUUUUUAUUUUUUGUAUUAAUUUGAUGUAUGCUUUAGCAUUGACUACUGCCUAUUAAUGAAAGUGUGCAUCUUGCAUGUGCUCUACAUUCCCCUCGUCCAAUUAGCCUCCGUAAAAAAAAUAAUCCACCCGUUUCUCUUGAAGGCAGACUGAAAUUCACCAUCUUACCAACACUUUUUCCUUUCUCGCCAAAAAAAAAAAAGUUUUUUUGUUUCUCUCUGUUUUUUUUUUAUUUUUUGCUACAGAUAAUGCUCACUCACUGAUAUUAGUGAAAUAAUCCUUAGAGUUCAUCACCUCCUACCCCAUCCAACUCUCCUUCCUGCUUUCUGAGAGGGAUUCUUAAACAACGACCGUCUUACGUGUCUUCUGGCACCGUCUUGUUUCUCAGCAGCAUGCUUCCCUCGGACAACUUUAAACUGCCAUAGUACGGUCGGACCAAUGUCUGUAGGUGUCUUUGUUUUUUUUUUUUUUAUUAUUAUUAUUUAAACAUUACGUAGUGUCUUAUUUCGAAAACAUUCCUUCAUUGCAGUCUAGUGCAGAUGCUCUUACUGUAGCACAUGUAAGUGUGAGUACCUUAAAAAAAAAAUACAAGCAAUGAACCUUGUGUCAGGAAUAACGAUAGGAGGAAUAGUGACUAGGUGUAAAGUUACUUUUUUUUGCAUAGAUUGGAUUGACCUGAUGAAUUUUCUUUCUACAAUUUUGCUUUAACAUUACACUUAUGAUAAAAUGGAUGAUUUUGGGUUGGAAAUUAAUUCUAGCCUCAGGGAGAGGGGGUUAAAAUGCUUCUGCUGCAGUGGUUUGUGCAGAUUUUGAAUCCAUUCAAAACCUGCACAGACGUCCGUGUUUUUGACAGUGCCGCCCGGCUGUUUAAACGGACUGCCAGUGCAGCAGAACCUCUCCACGUUAAGAGCACAUAAAAAGAAAAAAGUAAAAUUAGCUGGAUCGCCAGACAAAUGAAGCGAGUAAUGCCUAAGAAGGAAGGAAGCAGUAACUCAAAAAAAUAAAUAAAUAAAAUGAAAUAAUCGUAGCAUUCCUAAGACGAGUGUUUUGCUAGCGCCGUGGUUCUGUCUUUGUGUUUCUUCUUCUAGUUAAUGCCUCUUUCUUUUUAAUAUAAUAGACUCUAUUUUUUAAUCAUAGUAUAUUUUUGUGUGAAGUGGUGUGUUUUUGUAGUUCAGCUCCGCGUUACACACUGCCAAGCAUUAAAGGAAAACAGUUAUUUUCCUUGUUGCGGUUAUUUUGUUCAUUUGUGCACUCACUGGUUUGGUCUUGAAGUACUUUCAAACCUUUUUUUAUUAUUAUUAUUCCUAUUAUUAUUAUUCAUGUGUGCAUGAUUGUGGCUACUUGGUCAGUAAAAGAGCAGGGUAAAUACAAAGCACUCUUCGAGAUAAAGAGUUGCACAUGUUCCUCAGAGGCGAUGCAUCAGAACUUCCUGAGGCUAACUAUUUGUUGGUGGGGGGGGGGUGGGAUUAAAAACAAACAAACAAAAAAACAUUCAACCACCAUAGAAUGUUGCUUCCAAGAAUUUCCAUGUGGUUUGGAGUGAAAUCAAAGACAAAACAGUUGUCGGUUAAAUCUGAUAAACAUUUUUGUUUUUUUAAGUGCUAUUCUGCAUUCGGAGCUUAUUCCAAAGACAGCCUUUGUGACUCUGCCUCUUUUACUCUCCAGCCAGCUACACGAAGAAACCUGCCACCUUCUCUAACUCCUACUGUGUAUUUGGUGUGUGUGUGUGUGUGUGUGCAUGUAUAUAUUAGAAUAGCCCCGCCUUUGGAAUAUCCCCCAAUCCCUCCCACCUCCUUCCCUCCUUCCGUUUAUCCCGACGGAUUUAGGCCGCUUAAGUCUCAGAGUGAGGACAUGUCAGUUUUCCUUCGCCUCUGAAGUACACGAGCAACACGAGGCUGCAGAUCUGUCAGCCUCAGCAGAAGAAAGUCCCACUUCUCGAUGCUUCUUCUAAAGUUAAAUAACCAAAGACCAAAUUUCCGAGCUAACGCUGCCAAUACUCAUCACAAACAGGUUACUACCCGAGCUGUCCGGCUCAGAUUAAAAUUCCUACUGUUUUAGGGACAUAUUAGCUUAUCACACACUAUCUAUGGAGUCAAGUUUGGCUUUGUGAGUGUGCCACCCGGACAUAAUAUGCAACUUAAAUGUCGAACAGAAACUCCCGCCCGACCCCGCCCUCUGCCUUGUGGAUCCAGGUCCGAGGAGCUUCUUUUAAUCUGUACAAAGUUAGUAGACACACAAUCUUGUAACUAAUUAUAGCACAAGUCUUCUUCUUUUUUUUUUUUUCUGUCUGCGUAGUGCUGCCAGGUUUGAAAAUGUGUAAACUAACUAUAGAUAACAGAAAACUGGGAAAUGUUUUCCUAAAAAAAACGAAGAAAAACCUGCAUUGUUUAGUGUUGUAAUAUUGAGGGGGGGUGUUAUGAGGAGUAGGGGGUGCUAUAUCCUCAGGUUUAAGUUGUUUGCAAUUUACCAAAAUACAUAAGAGGACAGAAAAAAACAAAAAAACUAGCAAACUGUAAAAUUGGAUUCCUUUGGCAAUAUUAAGUGAUUUAAGGGUUACAAUGUUGUCCUUUUAGCCAUUUGUACAGGACAUAAACACACAGUGGGCUCUGAGGUGAAAUAACACUACUGAUUGGGGUAGGAUUUGUGUGUUCUCCAUAAAUCCAACUGUCCAGUUGCGUCCAGUGAGUGCUCAACAGGUUUGGUCACAGUGGUGAAAAUGAAGUGAGUGCUCUCUCGCUCUAUCUCUCUUCUGUUUGUUUUUAUUGCUUUAUUGUCUAUAUGAAAACCAAUGUGUUCAAAUGCUUUUAACACCGUGGCACUUUUUUCUCUCUUUUUUUUUUUUUUUUUGUGUGUGUGCGUGGGUGUGUGUGUGUGUGUGUAAUUCCUUGGUUUCGGCGGGAGUGGAGAACAUGAUCUUUCGCCAGCCACCGGGAAAGUUCAGUGAUCUCAAUGCUGCGUUCAGGUCGUUCACGGAGCGUUCGGUGAAUGUUGUCGGAAGGCCAUAGGAACGGCUGUGAAAGAAAAGAAAAAAACAACUGAAUCCCAGAAUGAGCUGAACGCAGCAACAGGAGGGAACCUUAUUGAGUCACUGAAUGUUUCAUCGAUGGCUUUAUGAUAUGUUUUUUAUUUCUGAACCAAAUGUUCUUUUUUUUUCUGAUUGUUUGUUUUGCGUCUGUUAAGUAACAACUCCAGAUGUCACUGAAUUGUUUGUUUGUCAGCACUGAUGGGUCAAGCAAAACGAAAAUGGCAAGUAGAUGAGAGAAGAAGUAUUUUUGUGUGAAGGGUUCUAAAGUUUACAUCAGAUCGCUGUUUGUAUCGACGAGAUGUAUGAUGUAUUUCUCUGUUUAAAUCAGUUCAUUUGUAAGGGAUGGAUUCUUUCUUUUUACCUCCUUUAGAGGUAGGACCGGACCACAGGGAUGAAAGCACACAUUGCCCUUGCUCGUCUGGCCUUACAGGAGGGACAGGACCGGAGGAUCACGGGCAAUGUGCUUGGUGUGAUUUUCUUUUCUUUACUCUUUGCGCUUUUGUUUAGAUUUAUCGUGCCGUCCUUUGGUUUGGGAUUAGAGUUUAAACAAGGUCGAUUCAACGCAAAAGGAGAGGAGACUUAGUUGGGGAAAAGUACAUAAAAUAAUUGUAGUGUAAAUCUAUCAAUGUCUUAUUAUAUUGAUGAACAUCAUGAAAUAUAUGUAUAUUGGAGAAAAAAAAAACAGUAUCUAUGACAAAUUGUACUUUUGUGUGUGUUUCAAGGUUUCAUGUGCUUUUGUGGGUGUGCAGCAAGGGGAUAAUGUCAUUUGGACUGCCAUUCUGGGACCUGUGUGAAUAAGCAUAAAUUUACUACCAAUACAGAGAUGGACCGUUUCUCUAAUUGAUCCCUAUUAUGUGUUAAGUGUGCCAAAACAAAUACAUGGAGACCUGGAGCCAUAAACUGCA